AGUUUUGCGCUUCUGUCAUCGCGUUCGGCUGAACCAGCAAAAACAAUCGUAAGUUUUUUUCUUCUCUGUAGCUCGUGCGAAUCGCCUUUUCGUUCGAUGCAAGCAGCGUGAGUUUAGCUGUUGCGCCCUCGAAAAAUUCAUCGACUGCUGAUCCGCACAGAUUGCGAAACGAGCUCCCGAAAAAUGGCGCAAACCUUAGCCGAGGACCAGUACGGCAAGAAAAUCGACCGCUGCCUAACCGAUGUGCUGAUCAAGUUUGGUGGUGGUCUUGCCGUAGGUGGUGUGUUCUCGCUGCUCUUUUUCAAGCGGCGAGCAUGGCCAAUCAUCAUGGGAUCCGGGUUCGGCAUCGGAAUGGCCUACACAAACUGCGAACGCUCGCUGAACGGGAAGUGAAGUCUAGGGAUGUAUUAAAUUUUAUGUCUAAUGCUUAAAUUAUUGCGUUUCAAAAUACAUAAUCCUACAAGGUGCAA